AUGCCGCCGUAUCAUGUUACUAAGUGCUUGCAAGAAUUCAAUGACGGGGUUCCCCUCGAACUAGUCCGCUUCACUGGGAGUCCUCACUUCUACGCGAACGGCACCGCAUGGCGAGACCCUGUCGACCCCAAUGCGCCAUGGCCUGAUAACAUGCAGCUCUUUGGGGACCCGACCCCGGAAGUCGAUGAGAACUGGGAACAGUACAUAGGCAAGAGAUACUUUUCCAUUUCUGAGGAAGAGGCCAUCCGGGCUUGGGGGGAUAAACGACACGAAUAUGUUGACCAGAAACGUGGUGGUUAUUCUGCUGGUCUCGAUGUGUUCCACAGCCUUCACUGCAUCAACGCCCUGCGGCUGGCCCUUCAUCCGGAGUAUCAUGGCUCUCAUCAGCACCACCGUAACCACCUCCCGCACACAGAGCACUGUCUCGACGUGCUCCGCCAGUCCAUCCAGUGCUACGGAAGCACCACGCUGAUCCCGACCAAGUUCUUCGAGGGACGUCAGCGCAACUACAUCGAUUCGGACCAGGUCCACGUGUGUCGAAACUUCAACUACCUGCGGGACUUUGUCACGUCACGCGCCAAAGGUCAUGACGCUUAUGUGGAGCGGGACAAGUCUUUGCUUGACGAGCGUAAGCACGCGAUUGUGAAACAGUACUAUGCAGACAAGAAGGCGAAGCAUAAAGAACAUGGUGAGCACAAUGCGUGA